GAUCGUUUGACCAUCGUCAACAUUCUGUUAGCUAAAAUGUAUUUCGCAAGGAUUAUAUCGUUGCCUUCAGGGAACCUCGAGACCACCAUCCUCGACAAGCAACGAUGUGGAGAAAGUUAUAUCGAAUUACCGUCACAAGCGUCACAACAACCGGUCACAACUACUCUCUCAUCUUUGGCAAGGAUUCUCUCGCACACAGCAUUGGCUCGCACGCAUCACAUGGCCCCAUGCCAGCAUAGUAAAUGUUGAAGUUCAGCUGGGAACACACUGUGUUGUCGCAUCAGCUGGAAAACUGAACGGUGAACCGCGAGAGAAAACCGCUGUGUGUGUGUACUUGCACUUGAUUUGCUUGUACAUGUGUUUCCCUGUGAUAAGGACGAGAAAGCGUGGAAAUAGUCUUCAGACCAGGCGCGAGGACGGGCACCCACUUUAGUGUUGUGUGCUUGAGCAACAGAGAACGUUUUCCGAACAGAAAGGGUGUGGGAAAGAUCCGUGAGUCGCUAGGCUUUUCAUUUGAUUAAUAGUGUGUAACCAAAUACGACACGCGCUGAAGGUUUAUGCCACAAAUUUUCUGCACGUGGUGUGAUAAAGCAUGCUGAGCAACAAACGGGUGGAAUCUUACUUGGCGAUUCCGAUCAUCGACAAUCAAUCCACUUCCUUUCCGGCUUGCUAAAGCUAUGACUUCAUGAGCAAAUCCGUGAAGGCAACUUUUUCGGAGCACAUCAAAAUCAAGAUACGUUGGUCUUCGUCUUCAACGCCUUCAUCACCAUCCAGACACCGAAGAACAAAUAGCGCUAGAAAAAUGAGUGACCGCAAGGCCGUCAUUAAGAAUGCUGACAUGGGCGAGGAGAUGCAGCAGGACGCCGUCGACUGUGCAACGCAGGCACUGGAAAAGUACAACAUAGAGAAGGACAUCGCCGCCUACAUAAAGAAAGAAUUCGACAAAAAAUACAACCCCACCUGGCACUGCAUCGUGGGUCGAAACUUUGGAUCGUACGUGACGCACGAAACACGCCACUUCAUCUACUUCUAUCUCGGUCAGGUUGCCAUCCUAUUAUUUAAGAGCGGUUAAACCACAAAAUUAGCUUAAUAUCAUCAGAAUGCGGAACGGCGGCGGGAGAGGAGAGGUGAGCGUAAAAGGAGAGAGAUGCAUGCAUGCAAAUACACACUACCACACGAGGAAACACGGCACCGUGAAGAUGCGUUAGAGAAAUGGCAACGAUAUGUGGCGGCCGCCCGCAUCCAGGAUCCAGGACCAUCAGCCCUUAGCCGCUCAUGAACUGUGGGGGCCACUCGGAAUGGCAGUAAUGGAAACGAAAAGCUGAAUAGACUGUUGUUGCCGCUGGAAUGGAUAGUGGAAGAAGUGUGUGUGUGUGUGUGCGUAUGUGUGCAUUAUUUGGACGGGAGAGGAGAAAAUUUGACAUUCUUUAUAUAUUUAUCGAGAGCGCGCUGUACUAAAUCGUACGGAAGCAGAACUGUAUUUAUUAAGUAAAUCAACUUUAACCGGAAAUCGUGUGAAAAACACGAACACAAUGGUCCAUCGGGUGGCGGUCGUCGUCGUAACACGCGAUGGUUUGUGGAUCAUGGGACCGAGGCGAAAACCUCCCUCCCAGUCCAGCCCACUCACCACGCCACGCGUCCCAGUAUAAUCUCUUGCCUUCAGAAUCUAUUUUGAAUUGGCAGCUAUUUGACGUCUUGCGCAGAGAGGAAGCCCGAAUGCUGCUAGCAGAGAGAGAGAGGCUGAGCGACGGACACGGAAACAAAGAAAAAAAAAACAAAACCAGAUGUUCAAGUAAAACUAGAAUUGCAUUGCGUAUUCAGUAAGGGAGAUAUAUCAUUGUGAUUGAGAAUCGUUGUAAUAGAUGUACAGGAUCGCGCUGCCUUUUUCCAAACCACACCCCGUAUAACAACUUGAGCUGAUGAGGAACCAAAUUCUGGUAGAAAUACAAUCAAUCUCUCGAUCAAAAAGCCGCCCGGAGACGAGAGACGUUUAGACGCGCGGCCAUUUUAUUGGUUGCGCCUGCUCGAUCUACUGCGCAGAGAGUGUAUAGAGGCUAUGGGAUAUGGCAUAGCAAGCUCGGACACACAGUACUGGGGUCGACCAGGGAUCAUCUUUCGUUCCGGAUGCCCGAAGGGUUAGGAGAAAGCCCUCGAUCACAGGGAGAUUGACAGGGAGAGGGACUCUCCAUACAACACAGGACUUUUAGUUGCUCGCUAGAACCUCCUACUCGAUUCACUUUCCCCGGAUGAUGUAGGUAGUAGUAGAGAAGAGUGUAAGCGCACGGUUGAACUCGCGCAAGAUUUCGGUAAAAUUCGCUAUCGAUCGAUCGAUAGAGCCUUUUGGAAGAGCGUUUUUUGUUUAAUAUGAUGUGUUAGCCCUUCUUUUUUCGGUUUAGUUUGGACAUGCACUUAAUAAUAUGUGUAGGCGAUUUUUGUGUUGGUCCGCAAGUGCGUUGCGCUCUAUCGGACCUCGGAAAGCUGCCAGCGUAGAUAUGGAAGUGCGAGUGAGAGAGAGCGAGAGAGAGCACUGUUAGCCUUUUUCUUUCCCAGUCCAAAGGUAUAUAGGUGAGGUGCGCGCACCGCUUGACUCCCUCUGAAGAAUUUACGAUGUUUAAUUGAUCAUUUCCUUUUUUUUUGUUUCUCUCAUUUCCUAUAGUUGUUAGUAGUAGUUUUGUUUUAUUUCUUUUCCACUAUAGUAUAUCAAAUUAAUGAAGGAGUAUAAAUAAAGAAUUACACUCGAAAUACAAAACCCUUACCAACUGGUUAGAACUGAA